AUGCCGUCGAAUCCCCUCAAGAGAUAUCAGCACGGCGAAGGGAGCUAUGCUCUCGUGACGGGCGCGACGCUGGGGAUGGGAGAGGAAUGGGCCCAUCAGCUUGCCGCCUUGGGUUUUAAUCUCAUUAUCCAUGGCCGUAGCCAGGCCAAGCUCGAUGCUGUUCGGGCGGCAAUCUUAGCCAAGCACGCCACAGUCGACGUUAAGACAGCCAUUGCCGAUGCUGGUGCGCUCCCACCCAACUUGGGCGAGCUUGAAGCACUUCUGCCUGCGCUGUCUCAGAUCACGGUUCUCAUCAACAAUAUUGGUGUCACUUCCAAGGCAUUUCCCCUAUUCGAGGAGGCGCCCACCGAGGAUCUGCUUCAGCAGAUUGCUAUCAACGACGUCUUCCCCACCAUCCUCACCCAACGAGUGCUACCGACGCUUAAGCGUAAUCAACCGAGCCUCAUCGUCAAUGUCACCAGCAUGGGUGCCUGGGCUCCUUCGCCUUACCUCUCGGCCUACUCUGGCUCAAAGGCAUACAAUCUCAUCUUCUCCCGGUCGUUGUACAAUGAGAUGCGCUGCGAGGGCAACCAGGUCGACGUGACCACGCUGGUGCCGGGACAGGUGGUGAGCGGCAUGAACGAAGGCCCGCCGACGGCCAACAUGCCCACCUCGCACGAUUUUAUCCGGACGACGAUCUCCAAGCUCAGUGGUGGCCUCUUUGGUGUAAGGCCUCCACCUAUCAUGGUCCCUUGGAUGGCCCAUUCGAUGGGCUACCUGGCCAUGCAGCUCAUGCCACGGGCCAUGGCCGACUGGGCCGUCCGCUCUACGGUCGUCGAUCUUCGCAAAAAGAAGCUUGCCGCUGAGCAGAGGGAAAAACCGAGCGAAGAUCAAGUUGUCCCCACAAUGACGGCCAACAGUAGUGCAGGUGCGACCGCCAAUGGGGUACACGAAGACGGGAAAGCGACUAUGACCAAUUAG